AUGGCGGCUGGCAUGUACCUGGAGCAUUAUCUGGACAGUAUAGAGAAUCUGCCUUUUGAACUGCAGAGGAACUUCCAGCUGAUGAGGGACCUGGACCAGAGGACAGAAGAUUUGAAGUGUCAAAUAGACCGGCUGUCCUCUCAAUAUAUGAGCAAUGCCCGCACACUGAGCUCCGAGGAAAAGCUGCAGCUCCUUCGGCAGGUACAGGAGGCGUACGGCAAGUGCAAGGAGUAUGGAGAUGACAAAGUCCAGCUGGCCAUGCAGACGUAUGAAAUGGUAGAUAAACACAUUCGGAGGCUGGACACGGACCUGGCUCGGUUCGAAGCUGACCUGAAGGAGAAGCAUAUUGAGUCCAGUGAUUACGACAGCUGCUCCAGCAAAGGGAAAAAGAAAGGAAGAGGCCAAAAAGAGAAGAAAGCCCCAAAGGUUAAGUCAAAGGUCAAAAAUUCUGACGAUGAGACGGCAAAAAGCGGUCAGAAGAAAAUCAAACUCGUUCAGACCAGGACAGAGUACGGGACACCAGCUACUAACUUCACCAAAGUCCACCCAUCCGAUGUGCUCGAUAUGCCAGUGGAUCCCAAUGAGCCCACGUACUGUCUGUGCCAUCAGGUGUCCUACGGAGAGAUGAUCGGCUGUGAUAACCCAGAUUGCUCCAUUGAGUGGUUUCACUUUGCCUGUGUCGGGCUUGCUACAAAACCUCGUGGAAAAUGGUAUUGUCCACGCUGCUCCCAGGAAAGGAAGAAGAAAUAA